GUCACCAUCACACUCUGCAGCAGCAGCUGCUACAAACAGCGGCUCACUGAUCACAUGAUAGCCGAUCGAUGAGGAUCAUCAUCCAACAUGAUCUGAUCACAUGGUCCCAUGAUCACUGUCACAGCAGGAGGAGAGGUAACGAUGCGGCCGCACUGUGGCGCUGUCUGCGGAUCUGCAGCUCUGACAUGAAACUGCUGCUGCUGCUGCUGCGCACACAUGCACACACACACUCCGGUUUCUCUGGUGACUGCAAGAAACAGCGGGCUCUGUGAUCAGAGCUCAGAAUGUCGUCAGUGAUGAUGUCACACUUCAGUGACCUGCCCAUGGACAGCUGGAUGACUCACCUGCCACCUGCUCUGUGGGACACGCCCAUUUAUCACCUGGCCAUUCCAGGAAGUCACAAUGCCAUCACUUACUGUCUGGACAUGAAUGACCGAUCACCUGUCGACCUCACUCAACCUGACCUGCUGCAGAAGCUCGACAAAUACAUGAAGCCCAUCAUUCGUCCCUUUGUUUACAAGUGGGCGGUGACACAGGAUGUGUCCAUAAAGCAGCAGCUGGACUGUGGGGUCAGAUACUGUGACCUGAGAAUCGCUCACAGACCCAACGACAGCUCCACUGACCUGUACUUCUACCAUGGUGUUUACACCACACUCACUGUUCAGAGUGUCCUGACAGACAUCAGACAGUGGUUGGAUCUUCAUCCUAAAGAGCUGCUCAUCCUCUCCUUCAGUCACUUCCUGUGUCUGAGCCCAGAUCUGCACAUGAUGCUGCUGAAGACCAUACGCAACGUGUUCACCUGCAAACUCUGUCCUAAGACGGAAGUGUUAACUCUUCGAAACUUGUGGUCUCUCGGAUACCAAGUGAUCGUCUCCUAUGAACACAACCUGGCCAGUUGCCAUGGUGACCUGUGGCCUCACAUCCCUUACUGGUGGGCAAAUAAAUGCCGAGCUGAGGCUCUGAUCGAGGAGUUCGAGCUCAGGAAGCAACAUGGCCGACCAGGAGGAUUCUUCGUCACAGGGAUUAAUUUGACCGAGGACCUGAAGUACAUCUGCACUCACCCCACAGAGACUCUGAAGGACCUGGUGAUGUCCACCAAUCCCACGCUGCUCUCAUGGGUCAAAGGACAAACCCCCGGCGCCAGAGAGUACUCGCUCAACAUCAUCGCAGGAGACUUUAUCUCAGAGAGCAACUUUGCACCGACGGUCAUCGCACUGAACGAGAAACUACUGAAAAUGUCCCUGUGACUUUUCAACAAGCUUUAAAGGUCCAGUCUGUGAGAUUUAGAGACAGAAAUGUAAUAUUAUAU